CAGUCUCUCCUUGGCCUGCGGCUCCGGGGCCGGUAGCGUCGCUCUCCGUUGCUCCCUCGCGUGUGUUGACCUCGCGGCUCUUGGGCCCUUUCCGUAGGCCGUCACUCAAGCCCUGCGCCGUCGAGGCCGUGGGCCCCGAGACUCCGCCAUGGACUUCGAGGACGAUUAUACACACUCUGCUUGCAGGAAUACUUUUCAGGGUUUUAAUGGAAUGGAUCGUGAUUAUGGCCCUGGAUCUUAUGGAGGGAUGGAUCGUGACUAUGGCCAUGGAUCCUAUGGGGGUCAAAGAUCCAUGGACUCCUACCUAAACCAGUCAUAUGGCAUGGACAAUCACAGUGGUGGUGGUGGGGGUAGCAGGUUUGGACCUUAUGAGUCUUACGACUCCAGGUCUUCUCUGGGUGGGCGAGAUCUGUACAGAUCUGGCUAUGGUUUUAAUGAACCCGAACAAAGCCGCUUCGGAGGUAGUUAUGGUGGUCGAUUUGAGAGCUCCUACCGGAAUAGCCUUGACUCUUUCGGAGGUAGAAACCAGGGCGGGUCUAGCUGGGAAGCACCUUACUCCCGUUCAAAAUUGAGGCCUGGGUUUAUGGAGGACAGAGGAAGAGAGAAUUACUCUUCCUACAGCAGUUUUUCUUCACCCCAUAUGAAGCCUGCACCUGUAGGCUCUCGGGGGAGAGGAACGCCUGCUUAUCCUGAAAGUACGUUUGGAAGCAGAAACUAUGAUGCUUUUGGAGGACCAUCAACAGGCAGAGGCCGAGGCCGAGGACAUAUGAGUGAUUUUGGAAGCAUUCAUAGACCCGGAAUUGUUGUUGACUAUCAAAACAAACCCACCAAUGUGACAGUUGCUGCUGCAAGAGGAAUAAAGAGAAAAAUCAUACAGCCAUUUAAUAAACCGGGAGGAACCUUUAUCAAGAAACCCAAGCUAGCCAAGCCCGCGGAGAAGACAACUCCCAGCAAAUCACCCACAAAAACGGAUCCUAAAAAAGAAGAAGAAGAAAAGCGAAGGAUUGAAGCCCGGCGAGAGAAACAAAGGCGCAGAAGAGAAAAGAACAGUGAGAAAUAUGGAGAUGGAUACAGAAUGGCAUUCACGUGCUCGUUUUGUAAAUUUCGGACAUUUGAAGGAAAGGAUAUUGAACUGCAUCUGGAGAGUCCUUUACACCAGGAAACACUAGAUCAUAUUCAGAAACAAACCAAAUUUGACAAAGUAGUUAUGGAGUUUUUGCAUGAAUGUAUGGUGAAUAAAUUCAAGAAAACAUCUAUUCGUAAGCAACAGACGAAUAAUCAAACUGAAGUAGUAAAAGUAGUAGAAAAGGAUAUUAUGGAAGGUGUUACUGCAGAUGAUCAUAUGAUGAAAGUAGAGACUGUUCACUGCAGUGCUUGCAGUGUGUAUAUCCCUGCUUUACAUAGUUCAGUACAGCAACAUUUAAAAUCUCCUGAUCAUAUUAAAGGGAAGCAAACUUAUAAGGAACAAAUAAAAAGAGAGAGUGUCUUGACUGCUACCAGCAUUUUAAAUAAUCCAAUAGUGAAGGCACGAUAUGAACGUUUUAUUAAGGGUGAAAAUCCGUUUGAAAUUCAAGAUCAUUCUCAAGAUCAGCAAAUAGAAGGAGAUGAGGAAGAGGAAGAAAAGAUUGAUGAAGCUAUUGAAGACGAAGAUGAUGAUGAAGAAGUUGGAGAACCAGAGGAAGUGGAGGAAGCAGAAGAAGGGGGAGAAAGUGGAGUUGAGGAAGUGGGAGACAUUCAGGGAGUGGGUGGGGACACAGAAAAGGUAGGGGAAGAAGCUGCAGCAGAAGGAGAUGAGGGAUUGGAGGAGGUCAAGGAAGUAGAGGAAGCAGCAGCAAAGGAAGAACCUGUUAGUGUCCCUGUUGAUCAACCUGAAGAAAACUAAUAUGAUACUAGAUUUAAAGAAGCUUUAAAUUUCUGCCCUAAUGUUGAGAAUAAUAAGAAUUUUAAUAGUUUAAAAAUACGAGUUCACACCCAUGUUGCAUGCAUUCCACAUUAAAAUUUGUUUUAUAUAAUUUCUAAAUGUUUGGCAUUUGUUUAAUAAAAUGAGGUAAGACAGUUUCAGUUUUUAGUUUUAUAGGUACCAAACUUAGAUUCUGCAAAUUGUUUGUAUAAUUUUUAAGCUUAAUUUUUAUUAGUUUAUUGGUGUUAAGGGUAACAGAUGUGUAUUGUUCGUAUAUCUACUCUAAUCAUUUGAACUUGAACUUAAAUGCUGCUCUUGGGGUAUACAAGUGUGCAUUAAUGUUUUGAAUACUUACCCUAGAAGAGAUAAAUUGGGCAAGUAUUGUGCUCCGUGUAUUUUUUUACUGCUUUGGACAUUGAAUAGUAAUUUGCGUUAAAAUACGCUUAAAGUCUUUUUGUGACCAUGUUUCCCCUUUGUAGCAAUAAAAGUGUUUUUUACAGAAAAAACUUUUCUCCCUGGAUUAGAAAUUUUAAAUCAGAAUUCAUCAGUUAAAUGAGAUUUAAAAUCAGGAUUUGCCUUAAUGCAUGAAUUCAGCUCACAAGUAUUUCAAGAUGAUUGGGAAGACUUGAAUUACAGAAAAAUGAUCUCAAUCAUAUUUUUUAAAAGUAUGACUAAAAUAUUUUUCUUAACAUUUCAAAUGUAGGUCAGUCUAGAACUCACCUGUUUUUACUUGUUUUAAUUCCUUUUCUCUCCCUGUAUCAGAUCUUGAAGUCUUUUAAAAUACAUUUGAACACAAUUUUUCAUGGUUGUGUUAGUUUUCUUGUCAUGUUUGUUUUUGGUUGAAGAACCAAAUGACCAUUUACAAAAGAAUUAUCUCAAGUAGAUCUCUCCUUUUUGAAUUUUUUUGUGGCUCAUAUGCUUACAUAUUCAAAAAGAAAAGAUAAGAUGAUGGAUAAAACCCAUCUAGGUCACUGAAAAGCAGUGUUCUUAUUUCUUCAGAUCUUGAUUCUUUAGCCUCUUUUUGAGAGAGGGUACUUUUUCAAUGAAAAGAGCUUCUCAAAAUUUUGAGACCUCACUGGUUACAUCUAUGGUAACAUUAAAUAAUUUUGAGACAUUGCGUGGGUAGAUGUACAAGCAUUGUAGAAGUUCACAGGUAAAUUUUUUUUUUGCAUGUAAGGAGAUUUUUGCUCAUUAAGGGCUUAUUGUUUUAGGCUAAAUGUUCUCAUCUAUCAGCUGUGAAAAAAACAAGCAUUUAUCUAAUUGUCAGAAUUUGGAGCAAAGUAAGAGGAAGUUAGUUGAAGAUGGGGAUAUUUGGAUUCUAACUAGGAAUCUAUAUUUAACAGGCUUCUGAAAAGCCUCUUUGCUCAGGAGUGUAAAUUUUAGGACUUGAUCAACUCUUAUUUCUUAUUUGUCAAAGGGCCAUGGUAAAGAAAAGAUGCUUUGGGGUUAGAAUUAUUGGGCUCUUUUGUCAUGAAAUACUUUUUUCCCCCUUAAGAAUGUCUUUAGUAAAUUGAGAUGUGAAACUUUUGAAAAGAAUUUAGUAUGAUACUGUGCAACAACUUCUAAGCAAAUGUUUUAUAGAAUGAGAUAGAAAACCAUAAGUAGUAAUUUUUGUGGGAAACUUGUUGAGAAAUCUUUAUUCAGACUAGCCUAUCUGCAAGGUAUUGAAAUGUAUUUUAUUAUUGUGCUUAAUUUAGAAAUUUAAAUUUAUGUAUAUUCUAUUUGACCAUUUGUAGCUAGUUUAGUUUGUAGGCAAAUUAAUUUUUGUGAUCCUAGCAUUUAUAUUUUCAAUACUUUUGUAAUAAGGAUUUAUGUAAGACCUUCAAUAACUUGAAUUUCUGUUAUCCAAGUAUUAUUUGUUUUCCUUAUUAAAAAUGUAUAGUGCUGAUA